UUAAAUAUUGGUAAGUUCUAUCUCUGACAACAGCGACAACAAACCGAAAAUCAACUGCUGACAUUCGGCGGAAUUCGGAAUUAAUGAAUAAUAUUUCUCCUCAAAUAUAUAUCAAGAUGACCACACCAAGAGAAGCUGAAGCAAACGAGUAUCUCGAUGCACACAGGAUACCCGAAUUGUUUCAUAAUAUCACCAGCCAGCUUGUGUUUCACAGACCAGAGAAUCCAAAGGCUUUUAUGAUCGACUACAUCACCAAGUUAAAAGAAGGUCGUACAACCCAAAUGAACUAUCCAUGUCUUUUUGAUGAUACAAACAUCGAUUCUGUAUUUGGCAUGCUUGACCCUACAAAGAAAGGUCAUAUCACACUGGAGCAGUAUCGAGAAGCGAUGAAAACCAUGGGCUGUCAGAACUUUGAUGAAACGCCGACCGGAGUAGAUCGCGGAAAAGUCACGGCAGACAUCUUUGCAAGAGAAGUGAAAGCUGGUUUAAAGAAGGCAUCUGCCACAUUUGAGCCUCUGAUCUAGAACUGCAUUUGAAAUGGAGGUCCCUGUCAGACGAAAAGAAAAUGGUUAUUCCAAGUAUGAACCUGCAGGCAGGCUUGAACGUAAAUUCCUCUAUGAAACCUUCUACUUCACCGGUCACGGAGUCACGGUGUUGAAUUACAUGGCAUUCUUGAAAUGGACAGCCUUUCUUAAUGAAAGAAAACUAUGGCAUGAGGUUUGCGUGGUUCUUGGUGCGGGAUCAUAAAACCUGUAGAAAAGUCUAACUGCUUUGAUUCUGGCUGGGCUUGGUUGUACACUCGGUAACCAAGUUACUUGUGAGGGUUUAUUUCCAAUUCGUCUAAUGCCAAUUAGUCCAAUUGCCAUCGCCUCUACUGUCAUUUGGUCUACCAUCAGUUUGUCCACUAUCCACAUGGUCUAAUUGCCAAUUCGUCCACUCACCAUUUCGUCUAAUAACCAGUUGGUCCAAUAGCCAUUUAGUCCAUAUACCAUUUGGUCUAAUUGGGUUAAGUGUUAAAUGUGCAAAUUGAACGAAUGAAAAUGAAAAGGAUAUGCGACCAACUGGUUAUGAGACGAAAUGGUCAUCAGCAAAAUGGCGAUUAGAUGAAGUGAUGAUUGGACCAAAUGGUUGCUAGACGAAAUGGUAAUGGACAGAAUGGCAUUAGACUAAAUGAAAGUAGACCAUGUGGUGAGUGGAUGAGUUGGCAGUAGAUGAGUUGCCAAUUUACCCUUGUGAGCUGUGAGCCUCACCCAAUAAGUUCCCGUUUUAUUUUAACUACCGGUAGUCCACUACUCAUCUGCUUUUAUUCACGAACUUCAGUGCACUUCUAAGGCGUAACGAUUAUUCUCGUUUCAUUUACUUCAUUUUAUUCCAUUUCAUUUACAAGAGAUAGACUGUUUUCUAGUAUUGUUAAAAAAUUAUUCCGUCAAGGCAUGCUUCAUUUAGUCAAGUUUUAUGGAUAAUUCAGGGCUUAAAGUGCUUGAAAAAAUGCAUCUUGAAUGGAUUCUGUAACAGCUACGAAAUAUACCCAUCAAAGACACUGCAUAAGACCCGUGUUGCACAAACUUACCAUUAUUUUUACUACAUGUACUUCUACUACAUUACUAUAUUUGUACUAUUUAAUUAUCAUACAUGUAGUUGCGACCCGCCGAGCAUCUCUAGUUAUCAAAGUUGCUGAUAUUAAUGGCAGGCCUGCCCAACUUUUUUCCAGGAGUAACCCUCAAAAAGCAAAAAUAGGAGCUUUCCAUUUUUCCAUAAUUUAUUUAAAAUAAAUAAUAAAUCAGCCCAUAUAUAUGUAUUUGUGUGGUGAGUAUGGGUGUAAGAGUAAUAAAGUUUUUGAACUCUUGUAAUUUUUCAAUGUUGAAGUAUAAGAAUGCUAAACAUGUUUUAAUUUUAAAGAAGUGAGGGAGACACCUGACAUCAAUU